CUCCUCUGCGGGUAAACAGACAUGGCCGGCGAGAGAGAUCCGCAGGACGCUGCGCACAACAUGGGCAACCACCUGCCGCUCCUCCCUGCAGAGAGUGAGGAAGAAGAUGAAAUUGAAAUGGAAGUUGAAGACCAGGAUAGCAAAGAAGCCAAAAAACCAAACGUCAUAAAUUUUGACACCAGUCUGCCAACAUCACAUACAUAUCUGGGCGCUGAUAUGGAAGAAUUUCAUGGCAGGACUUUGCAUGAUGACGACAGCUGUCAGGUUAUUCCAGUUCUGCCACAGGUGAUGAUGAUCCUGAUUCCUGGGCAGACCUUACCUCUUCAGCUUUUUCGUCCUCAGGAAGUCAGUAUGGUGCGGAAUUUAAUUCAGAAAGACAGAACCUUUGCAGUUCUUGCAUACAGUAAUAUACAGGAGAGGGAAGCACAGUUUGGAACAACAGCAGAGAUAUAUGCCUAUCGAGAAGAACAGGAUUUUGGAAUCGAGAUAGUGAAAGUGAAAGCCAUUGGAAGACAAAGGUUCAAAGUCCUUGAGCUAAGAACACAGUCAGAUGGAAUCCAGCAAGCUAAAGUGCAAAUUCUUCCUGAAUGUGUGUUGCCUUCAACCAUGUCUGCAGUUCAGUUAGAAUCCCUCAAUAAAUGCCAGAUAUUUCCUUCAAAACCUGUCUCAUGGGAAGACCAGUAUUCGUAUAAAUGGUGGCAGAAAUACCAGAAGAGAAAGUUUCAUUGUGCAAAUUUGACUUCAUGGCCUCGCUGGCUAUAUUCCUUAUAUGAUGCUGAAACUUUAAUGGAUAGAAUCAAGAAACAGCUACAUGAAUGGGACGAAAAUCUAAAAGAUGAUUCUCUUCCUUCAAAUCCAAUAGAUUUUUCUUACAGAGUAGCUGCUUGUCUUCCUAUUGAUGAUGUAUUAAGGAUUCAGCUCCUUAAAAUUGGUAGUGCCAUCCAACGACUUCGCUGUGAACUAGAUAUUAUGAAUAAAUGCACAUCUCUUUGCUGUAAACAAUGUCAAGAAACAGAAAUAACCACCAAAAAUGAAAUAUUCAGUUUAUCCUUAUGUGGACCAAUGGCAGCUUAUGUGAAUCCUCAUGGAUAUGUGCAUGAGACACUUACAGUGUAUAAAGCUUGCAACUUGAAUCUGAUAGGCCGGCCUUCUACAGAGCACAGCUGGUUUCCUGGGUAUGCUUGGACUAUCGCCCAGUGUAGGAUCUGUGCAAGCCAUAUUGGAUGGAAAUUUACAGCCACCAAAAAAGACAUGUCGCCUCAAAAAUUUUGGGGUUUGACUCGAUCUGCUCUGUUGCCCACAAUCCCAGACACUGAAGAUGAGAUAAGCCCUGACAAAGUAAUACUUUGCUUAUAAACAAAUACAGUAGAGAUAAAGUUAUUUAUCUAGUUGGUCUUGUAAAAUCAGAUCUGCUUUGGAAAUUACUGCUUUUGAUGCAUACCUAAGUAAAAAGCAACAUUACGUGGAAGGUUGCAGUUUCUUAGUCAAGGGUAUUUGAAGAUUUAAAUUAAAAUAUACUAUUGAAAGGGAUGAAAAGCAGUCUAGAAAACUUGGUUUUUAGGAAUAUCUAGCUUGGUACCAUUAUACUCUGGCCUGCUAGGAUACGAAGACCUUAGCAAAGGGAGGAGAUGGGUUUUCUUGCGCCAAACAUAUUUGUAAUUCCCCUAACUCGAGGUUAAUCAUUUGCUCCUGAUACAUGGAACCAACAGCAAGUUUUUAGAAGUUCCCAAAGCUAGGGUGCCAAGUACAUGUUCCUUGAAAGAGGCAAAAAUUUUCUUGAGUUU